GGUCUGCUCCAGGUCCCGCCCCGCGCGGAGGAGAUCACCAUCCCAGCGGACGUCACUCCGGAGAAGGUGCCCACGCACAUCGUGGACUCCUCAGAGGUGGAGCAGACGGCAGAGGAGCUGCAGGACGAGAUCCUCAAGGCCAACGUGGUGUGCGUGGUGUACGACGUGUCCCAGGAGGCCACCAUCGAGAAGAUCCGGACGAAGUGGAUCCCGCUGGUGAACGGGAGCGCCGAGAGGAGGCCCAGGGUCCCCAUCAUCCUGGUGGGGAACAAGUCAGACCUGCGGACGGGCAGCUCCAUGGAGGCCGUGCUGCCCAUCAUGAGCCAGUUCCCUGAGAUCGAGACCUGCGUGGAGUGCUCGGCCAAGCUGCUGAGGAACAUCUCCGAGCUGUUCUACUACGCGCAGAAGGCGGUGCUGCACCCCACGGCCCCGCUCUACGACCCCGAGGCCAAGCAGGUGGGUAGCGCCCCGCCCCGCCGCCUCGCCACGCCCACACUCGCCGUCCCCAGCCUGGUGACCUACCUGGACGUCCGGCGCUGCCUUGAGCACCUGGCCUACCUGGGCUACCCCACCCUCUGCGAGCAGGGCGCUCAGGCCUCUGCCAUCACAGUCACCCGGGAGAAGAGGCUGGAUGAGGAGAAGGGGCAGACGCAGAGGCGCGUCCUGCUGUGCAAGGUGGUGGGCGCCCGCGGCGUGGGCAAGUCCGCCUUCCUGCAGGCCUUCCUGGGCCGCCGCCUGGGGCUCUCACCCGGCAGCUCGAGACACCCGCGUCGGGAGAGAGGAGCCCCCCCUGCCGGCCGCUGCUGCCUCACGCGCGCCCCUCCGCAGCGCCACUACAUGGACGGCCAGACCCCCUGCCUCCUGGUCUGCGGCAAGGCUGACCUGCCCGCCGGCGUCCCCCCUCCGGGCCUGUCCCCAGCCCAGUUCUGCCUCCGGCACCGACUGCCCGGCCCGGCCCCAUUCUCCUGUGCCGGCCCUUGCGAGCCCAGCAGCGCCGUUUUCGCCCGACUGGCCGCCAUGGCCGCCUUCCCGCACCUGGCGCCCCAGGAGCUGCAUGCGGGGUCCUGCUGGCUCCGCCUGGCACUGGGGGCGGUGGGGGCCGCCGUGGCCGCGAUGCUCAGCUUCUCGCUCUACCGGGCCCUGGUGAAGACGCGCUGAGCUGGGGGCCAGCCUGCUGCCCUUGUCCUCCUGGGCACCUCAUGAGCGGCAGGGCAGGAGCGCGGUGGAGCCUGGCCUGGGGCCGGUGGGUGGGCAGGGCGCGGCUUCCCCCAUUAAAUUCGCUGGUGUCCGUCUCCGCA